AUGCAUUUAUAUAGCAUUAGGUUCACUCAAAAUGUCACAAAUUCAACAACAAAUACAACAACAACAACAUGUAAUAAGCGUACAAAUAGACAACUGGACGGUAUAUUUGCCAGAAUGUAUACGUUUGGAAAUUCCGGCAGAAACUUUCCAUUAAAUUCUAUAGAAGCUCAAGUUUAUUGCAAUGAAACACUGGAUCUAAUCAAAAAUAGUGAUCAAUACACUAAAACAUGUCUUAAGGAAUAUCCAAAAAGUUUACUAUCGGUUCUUAUAAAGACUGUAAAGACACAAACGCGACAACUUUGCAACAGUAAGACUGGUAAACGACUACAAGAGUUGUUUCAUUCGGCCGAUUGUAUUAAUAGUGCAAAAGAUGAGAUCCAAAAAUGUAUCAAUGAAUCGGUGGAUAUAUUGAUGGCCGUAAAGUCAAUGGAUGACAACCAAAAGUUACCUAUUCUUUGCUGUGGUAAUCAUAGGUUACAGAAGUGCUUUCACGAUCAGAGUCUUAAAAUAAAUAAUUGUAAUGAAGAGAAAAUAGAAACAAGUCUUAGAUUUUUGGACUCAAUUCAGGGAAAUAUGAUAAGCAUAUUAUGCACCAAAUAUGAUGAUUCAAACGACACAUGCGAUCGACUCAGUUAUCCUCGACGUCCAGUCAACGACACCACUAAGCGUUAUAAGUCUGUUGUAAUGCCUAUCAUACGAGUGUUGGACAGUAUCCGCGAUCCUAGACUUAGAAGUUUAUGA